AUUGCUAUGCUUCACAUUCAAUUAAUCAAUAUAUCCCCUCGCUUUCAUAGCUUCUCUGCCUCCCACCACCUGUGCUGUGCUUCGUAUCCACUCACUUCCGUAGUUCCCUCUUUCUUUUCUUUUUCAAGCUGCCCCAGUUCAGUUCCUCCUCCCCCUUUUAAAAAAAAGAUGGACAACUACUUUUGUCUCCAAUAAAUACCAUCUACUAGCGUGAUAUUUCAGCUUCCCCUAGAUUCAAGAACACGAUCUGUAUGCAGACCCAUGUUUCCUUCCAGCAACAGUUACAACCCUUGUCCCUCGACCAUCCAUGCCAUGCCUGGAAACUCUAUUUCAGCUGAUCAACACCCAGCAGACUCUUCACUGGAGGAUCACCCCCCUGCUUUUUUUAACUUUCCUGCACCUUUUUUUGACGACGACGAUGAUGAUGGGUUGCUUAUGAGUCACCUUUUAUCCCAAGCACAGCAACAAAUCUUGGGGUCCAGUAGCAACACGGCACCACCGGAUUCCGAGAUUAAUGCAGCUCCUCCAAUAAAGGAAACCAAAAAGGUGCCGCCCAACCGGAAGAGAAGUAGUAACAACGGUGCAAAGCAGGGGAUUCCUCGAAAGAGAACCGGAAAGAAAGACAGGCACAGCAAGAUCUAUACAGCUCAUGGUCCAAGAGAUCGGCGAAUGAGAUUGUCACUUCAAAUUGCCCGUAAGUUUUUUGAUCUUCAGGACAUGCUAGGCUUCGACAAAGCAAGCAAAACUAUUGAAUGGCUCUUCUCUAAAUCCAAGGCUGCUAUCAAGGAACUCACGGAAAACCUCCCAGCACUGAAGCACAGAUGCAGUGAGGGAGGAAAGAGCGUGUCAUCUACAUCUGAAAGCGAAGUAGUGUCGGCAGCCAAAGAGUGUCAAGACAAUAUGGGAGACCGGCAAGGUGUUAUAGCAAGUGGAGAAGCCAUGAGAAGUACGACUACAGCUAGAGUGACAAAGGAAAGAAAAUCACGUAAAGUUUCAAUCAAUCAUAUUGUUGCAAGAGAAUCCAGGGACAAGGCAAGAGCAAGAGCAAGGGAGAGAACAAGAGAGAAAAUGAGGAUGAGAGAUCUUGAAAAAACAAAUAAAUGUUCAGAUGAGUCCAACCCUAAUGAAUUGGAAGAAUUGCAGUCCUCGAGUCCUCUUGAAAUUGGCGAAAAUUCGGGCCCCUCUACUGAAACAAACUAUAGUCUCAAGGUUGUGACAGAAAAACCCCACCGUAAUACUGCGGACUCGGACUCGAUAGAACAUCAAAUGGAUUUUGUAAGCACCAUUGAGAAAUUCCUGGGCAUCACAAGGUCGUCAGCCAUGUUUAAUUACUCAAACAACAUUGCAGACUCAAGGGAAGAAAACUCAGCGGAAAACUGUCCAGUUUUUUCAGGAAAUUGGGGCAUGAACAAUGAGAGGAUCCAUUACAGUUACUGUGCGAUGACAAACAUCAAGGAUUCAACAGGUAUUACCCAAGAACAAAACCCUAGUAUAAUUUUCAUGACGGACCCUAAUGAGCAAGAGCAAAAGAUUAGUUCAAGUUUUAUGUCCAACUCAAAUACCCAAGCGGAAAAUUCCACCACCAAUCUCAUUGCCAACUCAUAUGCAAAAAUGAUGAACCAUAAUUCAGACUUGACGAACCCCUCAAAUGCCCAUGAAGGAAGAAACCCUACUUCAAUUCUCAUGUCCUCCUCGCACAUUGGCUUGCAUUCAGAUUACCACGAAAAUCCCGCUGUUGCCAGCAAAUUCCACCAUUUUUACUUAUGAAGAUUGUUUUCAUAAACCCUUUCUUGUUUCCUGAUUAUGUUAAACAAAAAUUGUUCGGCUAUCUUCAAUUUGAUUUCCGUGUGUUGAAUCCUCUCCGCUAAGUAAUGGUGGAAUGGAUUAAAUAUUGUUGUAUUUCUUCUAUCAAAUUUAUCAGAAUUUGACUUUGUGGUUU